AGCCAAAGGGGAAUGGCUGCUCAGAGCCAGAAGGACUAUGAUACCAGUGAUAAAAAGAACUUGGACGAGGAGGCAUACGAUGACUUUCCUGUGAAGCACUCCAACAUGUCCCUUGCAACACAGAGCCGUUCCUCCUCAGACGAGGAGGUUCUACAGGCACCAAGAAGGGUGGGGGCUGCCAAAACAUCCACCUCCUACCGAAAGGCCCAUGAGGCAUAUGUGGAACUUCAUGAACUGGUCAUGGAUAAGAACAGUGAAUUGCGUUGGAUGGAGGCUUCUCACUGGAUCAAACUUGAAGAAGACUUUGAAGAGAUGGGGCACUGGGGGAGACCUCACCUCUCGUACCUGACUUUCCACAGCCUUAUGGAAGUGCGCAGGGCUUUUACUAAAGGAAUUGUUCUUCUAGAUCUUCCAGAGAGGAGUCUAGCCGGGAUUGCCAAUCAGAUACUUGAUCACAUGAUUGAAGAAGGACGUCUCAAACCACAGGACCGAGAGGCGGUUUUAAGAACCCUCCUACUUCAACACAGUCAUCCCGAUGAGUCAGUUUCGCUGGGCACUCUUUCCCCUGGGCAGUUGCAACAGACCGACAGCAAAGAGGCAGACACAACACAGCCGCUUUUGCAAGAGCAUCACUCCAUUGAGAUGAAGACUCUUUCCCCCAGCUCGGAGCAGGAACAGCCAAGACCUCAUGGUUUUAAGAAGCCACUUUUAGAGAAGAUCUUGCCAGAUUCAGAAGCUGUGUUGGUCCUUGUCGGCUGUGCCACCCUUCUGGACCGACCCACUCUGGCUUUCGUACGCUUGAAGGAUGCUGUAGAGCUGGACCCGGUCUUGGAAGUCUCUGUGCCUGUCAGGUUCCUUUUUGUGGUCUUGGGCCCAGAUCCCCACUAUACCACCUAUCAUGAGAUUGGGAGAGCCAUCUCAACAAUGAUGUCUGAAAGGGUGUUCCGCCAAGACUGUUAUUUGGCCGAGGGACGGCAAGAGCUGGUGAAGGGUGUGGAGGAGUUCCUGGACUGUUGCAUCGUUGUUCCACCUUGCGAAAUUGCAAAUGAACAGCUCUUCAAGAUGUUGUUGCCGAUACAGAAGGACCUCCUGCGAAAGAGAUACCUCCCAGAGGAGAAGAAGCCAGAGCUCUCAAAGGAGCUGGAGCAAAAACUGCAAGCGGAAGCCAUCAAACCAGAAGAUGACGACAACCCAUUACGCAGGACCCGCAAGCCUUUUGGGGGGCUGGUGAGGGACAUCAAACGGCGGUACCCCAAGUACCUCAGCGACAUCAAGGAUGCCCUCAAUGCCCAGUGUCUAGCCGCUGUCAUCUUUAUUUAUUUCGCUGCACUUUCUCCUGCCAUCACCUUUGGGGGCCUUCUGGGUGAGAAGACUUCGAACAUGAUGGGAGUAUCUGAGCUUCUGGUCUCUACGGCAAUUCAGGGCGUUCUCUUCUGCCUGCUUGGGGCACAGCCUCUGCUCGUGGUUGGUUUCUCUGGCCCCCUCCUGGUAUUCGAGGAAGCCUUUUAUUCGUUUUGUGUCGGUUCCGACAUAGAGUACAUUGUGGGCAGAGUCUGGAUCGGCUUUUGGCUCAUAAUCUUGGUGGUGGUGGUGGUGGCUUUCGAAGGCAGCUUCCUGGUAUGCUACAUCUCCCGCUACACCCAAGAAAUCUUCUCCUUCCUCAUCUCCCUCAUCUUCAUCUUCGAGACUUUCAAGAAACUCAUCAAGAUUUUCGAGGAUCAUCCUCUGCAGCCAAACUACAAUGUCACCUCCAACGUAAUGAAAGGCCAACCCAACACUGCCUUGCUGUCCCUGGUUCUCAUGGCAGGAACAUUUUUCAUUGCUUUCUUCUUGCGCAAGUUAAAAAACAGCAGUUUCUUUCCUGGCAAGCUUCGGCGUGUGAUUGGAGACUUUGGUGUCCCCAUUUCCAUCUUCAUCAUGUCCUUGGCAGACUUCUUCAUUCAGGACACCACCUAUACUCAGAAACUGAAAGUUCCUGAAGGCAUUAAGGUCUCUAACGAAAGUGCCCGGGGUUGGUUCAUCAAUCCCCUUGGAAACAGGGUGGAUUUUCCCAUCUGGAUGAUGUUUGCUGCACUUUUACCAGCUCUCUUAGUCUUCAUCCUCAUCUUCCUAGAGACACAGAUCACCACGCUGAUUGUGAGCAAACCCGAGAGGAAGCUAGUCAAGGGUUCGGGCUUCCAUCUAGACCUGUUCCUGAUAGUUGGCAUGGGUGGAAUAGCAGCCCUUUUUGGCAUGCCAUGGCUCAGUGCUACCACCGUGAGGACCGUCACGCACGCCAAUGCCCUGACCGUGAUGGCCAAGAGUACUGUCCCGGGGGAGAAAGCCCGUGUCCAGGAGGUCAAGGAGCAGAGGAUCACUGGACUCCUGGUGUCCAUUCUUGUAGGCGUCUCCAUCCUAAUGGAACCAAUCUUGAAGUUGAUUCCGUUGGCAGUGCUCUUUGGUAUCUUCCUCUACAUGGGGGUGACAUCCCUCAGUGGGAUCCAGCUCUAUGACCGCAUCCUUCUCAUGUUGAAACCCCCCAAAUACCACCCGGAGGAGCCUUUUGUUAGAAAAGUAAAGACCUGGCGCAUGCACAUCUUCACCUUGACCCAGAUUCUGUGCCUGGCUGUGCUGUGGGGAGUGAAGUCCAGCCCGGCCUCCCUCAGCUUAGCCUUCAUCCUCAUCCUGACAGUGCCCCUGCGACGAAACCUGCUCCCAUGUUACUUCAGUGACCUCGAACUCAAAUGUUUGGAUGCUGAUGAUGCUGAAGUGACUUUCGAUGAAGCAGAAGGCUGUGAUGUUUACGAUGAAGUUCCGAUGCCCAUUUGAGCACCUGCUGCACCACAUCCUCCGGGCAGAU